AUGACCGAAACAGGCCCGUCUCUUGCAGUGGACGAGCUUUCCCAGAAGUACUGGAUAACAAUUCUCUGCAAGAAAGGAUUCCAGUUCGAUGCUCUACUUUACAACAUCUUCAUGAUUUCAGCCCUGCACACGGAAAAACGCAGCAACUCCAGUGAUCAGGAAGCUGUGCAAAACUGUCGGACAUACCUGAACAUGGCUAUUCGUGAGCAUCACAAGGACAUCGCUCAAAUGAGCCAAGAUAACGUGGAUAUCAUCUGUCUCACGUCAAGCAUGCUGCGGCUCUACAGUUUGAGGCCGGAGGUGAAGCCGGAGGGCAGCUGCCGGAUGGGGGAGCGUGGCCGUGAUUAG